AUGCCCAAGCUCACGUUCAUCAAGUCUAAGCCAAAGUUGGGGGACGAGUCCAUUUCAUCGCCGCCAUCACCGCCCGCGCCGGCGACGAAACUGCACAGAUUUCCUGGCAAAGUGGCCAAGAAGGUUAAAAAGCAGCUUUGGCGCAUCGAUGAAAUGCUGCACCACGUGACGCAUACCAAACACGAGCCGGGGCACAAACACGAGACUCAAGUCGUCCAGCUCAGCGGCCGUAAGAGAACGAUCUCUGCCUCCUCCACCUCCUCCACACCCGCCAAGUUCAUCCGCGCCUUCCUUCCCUCCUCUCCCUCCUCCUUUCGCAGUACACGCACCUGGAGCUCCAAGUACGUUCGUGAAGUCGACAGCGAUCAGCUCAGCUCUACUUCUUCAGAACACCUGCCAGCCUUUACGCUUCACCCCUCGCCGUUAGACUCCUCUAUGGCCGAGGAACAGCGCGAGGUUCCACAAGAACUGAAGUCUGUCGAGGAAACUCCUGCUAAACCAAACCCAAUUUUUGCCAGCCCUCCAACAGUGUAUGUAGCACCAGAGACUCCCGAUCCCUUCUUGGUUGAUGAAGAAGGUGACGCUCUCUCUGAUGAGGACGAUGGUACUGCCCGGGGUACUGCUUCUCCAGCAACUGUAUCUCCUGCACACAAUGUUCCCCUCGAUCUACCGACGACGCCUUCUCCAGACCCAGAUCAUGCCCAACGACAACGACCGCCUACAUCCCCUCUUCCCGAUGUCAACAAGGAAGUCCCACCUACACCGUUGACAGACAGUGAGGAAGAGGAAGAGGAAGUGCCUGAUAUUUAUGUCCCGACUCUCAUUGUUCCAACCAUGUUCUUGCCAAUACCGAAUACCGACCCUUUGACUACUCUCCUCAACAAAUAUAUUUAUCCACCAGAGAAGCGUCCCGCGCGAGAUUUAACUGGAGAAUGGCAAACAAAUGAUUUCCAUACGUUGGUCACAUCGGCGGAAUGCACCAACCUUUUCAAUGUACUAAACGGCAUUGAACCCCUCGAGGCACGAGAGUAUGUCUUUGAGCGCAUCCUACCCUUUGAGCUCGAGGUCAUGUAUGCCCGCUUGAAGUAUUGGGCGGGAGACCAUAUGGGCUACCUCGAUGCUCUGUAUGCUCUUCUCAAAAAAUGCCGCGAAAAGUGUCGUCAAUCUGGGAACGACGAAACGCUCGUACCUAUGUGGAAAGAAAGAGGAGGUCGAGUCUGUUUGAUCAUUGCUUCCCAAAUGGUAGAAAUGAAGGAAAUAACAGCUGCGGCUAAGCUGUUGGAACCACUGUGCCAGCAGGGUGACAUCUCGAGCCCUCCCUUGCGCUCGGCGGUUGCGCGCAUUUAUCUUCAAGGUGGCAAUGUUCAGAUGGCUGCGAAGCAUUUUGCCCUGGUCGAAGCAGAUCCCACGGCGGAUGAAACUUUGCGAAAUAUGAAUGCAGCAAUGCUCGCUUCUGCUCAAGGGCAGUGGACAGAUGCCAGUGACGUGUUACAAAAGAUUUUGGAAGACGACGCCAAUAACUUUGCGGCCAUUAAUAACUUAUCCGUGGCGCUCCUUAGCCAAGGAAAGUUGAAGGAAGGAAUAGAGGUUCUUGAAAAAGCUCUUCGUACCUCCCCGUCGAGCGUCGUAGUCGCUGAGCCGUUUUUAUUCAAUUUAUCUACUCUAUACGAACUCCGUGCCACCAGUGGGCUUGAAAAGAAGAAGCAACUGCUCGUUGAGGUCGCUAAAUGGAGUGGUGACGGCUUGAGAACUAAUAGUCUUAAGAUGCCUGCCAACUAA